AUGGAGGGUCUCUUAUUCAACGUGAACAAUGGCUACGUCGAGGGCAUUGUUCGCGGCUAUCGCAAUGGCCUCCUGACGACGCCAGCCUACAGCAAUCUGACACAAUGCGAGACGAUCGAUGACCUGAAGCUGCAGCUCGGCCCUGCCUACGGCGACUUCCUCGCAUCCCUCCCCCCAAACCCGUCAACAUCUGCGCUCGCCGCCAAGACGACAGACAAGCUCAUCUCGGAGUUCCGAUACGUGCGCGCUAAUGCUACGGGCUCCUUGGCCACCUUCAUGGACUACGUGACGUACGGCUACAUGAUUGACAACGUCGCCCUCCUCAUCACCGGCACCCUUCACGAGCGAGACACGCGCGAGCUCCUGGAUCGAUGCCACCCGCUGGGAUGGUUCGAGACCAUGCCCGUCCUUUGUGUCGCGACCAACGUGGAGGAGCUUUACAACAGCGUGCUGAUCGAGACUCCGCUUGCCCCAUACUUCAAGGGCAGCUUGAGCCACCAGGACCUGGAUGAGCUCAACAUCGAGAUCGUCCGCAACACUCUGUACAAGAACUACCUCGAGGACUUUUACAAGUUCGUCAAUACUCAUCCCGAGAUGGCUGGCACGCCCACGGCUGAGGUCAUGUCCAACAUCCUGGAGUUUGAGGCCGACCGCCGAGCCAUCAACAUUACUCUCAACUCCUUCGGCACCGAGCUGACCAAGCAAGACCGCAACAAGCUGUACCCGACCUUUGGAAAGCUGUAUCCCGAGGGCACCCUGAUGCUCUCCAGAGCAGAUGACGUCGAGGGUGUUCGCCUUGCCGUGGAUGGUGUCCACGACUACAAGACUUUCUUCGAUGCCGUGUCCUUGGGUGGCUCAUCCGGUCCCGGUAACAUGGGCGGUGGCUCUGCUGAUGGCAAGAGCCUGGAGGACAUGUUCUACCAGAAGGAAAUGGAGAUUUCCAAGGAUGCCUUCACACGGCAAUUUACCUAUGCCAUUAUCUACGCCUGGGUUAAGCUUAGAGAGCAGGAAAUUCGCAACAUCACAUGGAUCGCUGAGUGCAUAGCUCAAAACCAAAAGGACCGCAUUGGAAACUUUAUCAGUGUCUUCUAA